GGAGCGCGGGAAGUGGCUCUUCGGCCGGGAGGAGUUCCACGCCGCCGCGUACUCCUUCAACCUCGGUGCGUCCUACAUCGCGGAGGCCUGCCACCGCCACGUCGCCGAGGCCGCCGGGGGCCGCCGUGCGGAUGGGUCGGCCGAGGAGGUCUCCGACGAGGCCAUCUCCCUCUGCUGCACCCUCUACACCAACCUGGCCCUGGCGCAGCUCCAGGCCGGUGGCCAGAUACCCGGCAGUGCCCUGGAGACGUCCGAGGCCGCCCUGGCACUGCAGCCGCGGAACGCCAAGGCCUGGUACCUCAAGGCCAAGGCGCAUCUGGCCGCCGGCCCCGUGACCGAGAAGGGCCGCCAGGCCGCCGUCAGCGCCCUGGAGCAGCUGCUCGUCCUGGAGCCCGGGAACCAGAAAGCCGAGGAGCUGCUGCUGUCGGCGAAGGACAUGGCUGUGUCGGACGAGGGCUCGUACGCGUUCAUGUCCAGCAGGCCGUACCAGUGGAUGGUCACCGGUCUCCUCCUGGCGACGAUGCCGGUGUUUUUUCGCAUGGUCAAGGGCGACGUCGGCCGGAUCAUGUUCUGGCUGAACGACACAGCCCCCGAGGGGAUGCUCGCGGACGACGUGUCACUCUGA